AACCGCCAUAGGGAGAAAUAGAGAGUGAGCCCAGUAGUAAAUAAAUUCAUUCACAUAAUUGCCGUGUUUUUAUCUUUCAUUUAAUUCAAUAACAUAUUUGAACAAGAUCUCAUACGAUUCGUUAAUCGGAAGGAAGUUAAUUUCGGGUUAUACUGCAUCGAUUACAUUAAAAUACCGUGUUUGAAUUCCCCGUUUUUUUAUGGAUUCAUUAAGUUCCGACAUGGGUUAUCUUAAAUAUGAGCAAAGGAUUAGAAACAUUAAAUGAUAUGAAUUGCACCACUUUGAUUCAACAUGAAACGGAGUCUAUUUAAAAGUUUGGUCUUAGCUUUAGCAGGAACCGGAAUAGUGUUUGCAGAAUGCAUCGAGCCAGAAAACGCUGAAGAAAUCAAACUCAACCUACAAAAGAUAAUUAAAGACACGUAUCUGAACUAUAUGUCAUUUUUCAAUAUCAAGAGCAACUUAGACAGGGUAAAAAGCCAGCUAAACGACACGGAUAACUCUACUAUUACAACAGAUUUCAACCACCGAAGAUCACAAACAUACAUUAGUAGGUUAUAUGGAGAGCCUAAAUGUAAAUCAAGACUACGAUUUAGAGCACAUGAAAACCACUCAUCUAAUGAAAUAUCAUCAUGUCCAUGGUAUCAUAUAAUAGAAUUUGACAGUGAUAGGAUUCCGUUAACUUUACUUAAAGCACGUUGCACGUGUGUAAACUGCCUCGUGCCAAUGAGAAACGGGUACAGACGAGAUCGAAACGCUACUAGUGGUUCCUGUAAGGAAGUUAGUUACCAUAUGCCUGUUAUACGAAGACAUUGUGUUGGUGGUGAGUUUCAGUAUCGUAUUGCUAUAGAAAACAUUCCUGUUGGGUGCACAUGUCAAAGGUGUAACCGAAAUAAGAAACAAGGAAAGACGACAGCACAAAUAUGAUUGGAAGAUUUAUCGGGCAUUUCAUGACAAAGCUUCCUUUAGUCAUAUAAGCUUUAAGUUAAAA